UUCAGAGCAAUUCCAUCAACACUUUGCUCAGAGCAGCCGCUGAAGGCAUAACCUUUGGAGGCUGUAAUUGGAAGCGAAUCUCACGGGUGCCGAGCCUUGGGGAAACAAACGUAAUUUCCCAAACAAAACAGGGCCAUUACUGUCACCUGCACCUCUUGGAUUCUUCAUUAUUGGCUUAUUUACUGAGAAUUUUGCAAGUGGGCGCAAAGUGAAGCAAAGCAAUCGUUUUCCCCUGACGACUUCAUCAUUCACCUAUCGGGGGAAUCUAAGGGACUCAAGGCGGUGUUUAGGAGUAUCAUCUCUUGGAGCAUCCCUCUACAGGCCUGGAUUUGAAAGCGGCAAAGUUACAGAAACCGAUUACAUGCCAAAGACGCCUUGGAACCAACAACCACCUGGGAAACAUAACGCAAAUCCCUGACACCUCCUAACUAAAGCGGUCCCUCGCCAUUUACAGAAAACAGAGACAUUGCUGCGUUGGUCUGCAGAAUCCGUCCGCAAAGCACCUUUGAGACAAACUGAGUGAAAGAAGUCGUGGCAUACGCUGUCAUAUUGGUCUACUCCCUCAGAUGCAAGGAGUGCUUCUCGACAUACAGAAAUAUUUCACACUUGGAGACAGCACCGCAGGAUUGAUGCACACAGUUUUUAUUCUCUGCUUCUUGUUCGCGGCACCUCUUUUCGGAUACCUUGGUGAUCGAUACAACAGAAAGGUCAUCUUAGGUGCUGGAAUAUUCCUCUGGUCAGGCGUCACCCUCGGAAGUUCAUUCAUCAGCGAGUCGAUGGCCUGGCUUUUCUUUAUCUCACGGGGCCUUGUAGGGGCUGGCACUGCCAGUUACUCAACCUUGGCUCCCACCAUCAUUGCUGACCUGUUUGAGAAAGACCACCGGACGUGGAUGCUGUCCCUCUUCUAUAUCUUCAUUCCAGUUGGAAGUGGUUUUGGAUACAUCCUCUCUUCUGGAAUGGCCCAAGCGACUGGCCACUGGAGCUGGGGAUUCCGGGUUACCCCUUGCAUGGGAGUCGUGGGACUGGCUCUUCUCAUUUUCCUUGUCCCUGAAUCAGCCAACUAUGGAACUGAGAAGAAGACUGGUGAGCAUGCAGAGGCCUCCACCUGGCUCAAAGACAUCUCAUCUCUCUGCAAAAAUUGGAGCUUUCUCUGGUCCUCGCUGGGUGUGACGGCCAUGGGCUUCGUGACAGGAGCCCUCAGUUUCUGGGUUCCAGUCUUCCUCUACCGAGCUCAGCUUGUUCUCCAGCAUGUGCCUCCAUGUGAGAAGGUGGAAACGUGUAACACCGCCAACAGCCGGAUAUUUGGAGGAAUUACGAUUGCAACAGGCAUUUUGGGGGUUGUCACUGGAGCAGAAGCAGCCAGAAGAUACAAGAAGAUCAACGCGAAAGCUGACCCACUUAUUUGCGCUCUUGGAUCGCUCACGUCUGCUCCAUGCAUGUACCUGGCUAUCAUGUUGGCUCAGGAGAGCAUCCUGGCUACGUACAUCUUUAUUGCCCUUGCUGAGUUUCUUUUAUCUCUCAACUGGGCCGUUGUGACUGACAUCCUCUUGUACGUGGUGAAACCUGCUUGCCAGUCGACUGCGGUGUCUUUGCAAAUAUUCGUCAGCCAUUUGCUGGGGGAUGCUGGGAGCCCCUACCUCAUUGGAAUUAUCGCGGAUACAAUCCAGGGCAACCAAGGAGAUCGCACCUACCUCUGGGAUUUCCGGAGCCUGCAGUACAGCUUUGUGUUGUGCACUUUUGUGGGUGUCCUCGGUGGAGGUUGUUUCUUGAUGACAGCCCUUCACAUCGAAGAAGACCAGAAGAAAGCUGCAACCCCACCAGUUCCAGGCACUGAAAACAAAAGUUACAUCUCUCACGAAGAAGGACUGUGAGACAAACUUCCCGCAGCGUGGGACUAUCUGUGGCCAAGCUAAUGGUGAAAGAAAAGGACUGGAUAUUAUCAACACAUCCUCCAUCUGGCAGAAUGAAAAUGGGGGUGAGAGAGAGCUUCUGUCACUGGUUUCCUCACGGGGCUUUCAAUUUACCCUCCAAAUCUUGCGGUGACCCUCCAUCUUCAUCUCUGAAACUGGCAGAAGAGCUUGCCAAGAAUUUGGUGGCAACCAAAGCCAUGAACGUAGCGGAGCUGCCAGUGUGAAGGCCCUUGCUUCUUAAAAUACGACUGGUGCAAAUGGAUCGACAUGAUCAGACAUAAGCUUAUCUUCCACUGAAAUCCACAGUUUCACAGUAUUCAGAGAUGGGGUGCAACGUGUUAAAAUAACGUGGUGUAUUGGAGUUACAAAGCAAUGCAAUGAGUGGGAACAACAUUCCUUGUUUUGAUGUAAUGAGUUACACAUUCUAGUUAUCCUUAUUUUUUUUAACAGAGGCCAUUUUGGAUAAAUGUUGGCAGGCAUUUUAAAAUGCUUUAUGUGUUCUCUCUUCACUCGUGAAUGCUGUUCAAAGAAUGAAGGAGCAACAUUUGCGUUCCCUUAAGUUCACCAGUUGAUAGAAACUCAUCGGGGACAGGUGAUGUGUAGGAGCUACUUCUUGGAUCCGUACUGAGGCUCUUUCCCAUUUAUGUUUUUUACAACUAAGGUGGGCUUUUCUGAGGCAGACCUGUGGUUUUAUGGGCAAUUAUUUCCUUUUUGAACUUUAAAAAGGUCACAGUUAGAGUGCAUAAGUGCCAUUUCAGUGAUGCACUAAAACACUAUAAUGCUAUUUUUAAAGAGGUAGGCAUGUUCCAGACUGCCAAAAUAAA